GGACAGAACAAUGAAUUUUGAGGAAAAAAAAAACAGUGCACAGAGAGGACAGAAUGUAGAUUAAGAACCAACAGUUACAGUGCAAUGGGAAGGACAUUAAGACUUCUAAAGGAAGGAUUAAUUGGAGUCCUACAUUUGAUACACUAACUACUACUGGACAAACAACUAACUGAUGUCAACUGAAGAAGCAAGAACUUGACUCCACAGAUUUAGAUCUCACAUGGAAUUCAAUUACAAGAAUUGUUAUCAAUCAAUGAAAUAAUCAAAAAGGAAGUUUAGCACCCAAGCUUAUCAGUUGGACUUAAACUUCUUUAGGAAUCACAUGCCUCCUCUCUCAUGGCCAAAUACCUUCCCGCUAUUUAAACCCCUCCAUCGCUCAUUCUCUUUCCACACAAUCAGUCAAACACAUCACCACUUUCAUAACAAAAUUCCAUUUUGUUCCCUUCUCCACUCCUCUUUGUCCAGAUACACCAAAAACACUUCAUAUAUCUCUAUCAUUCUAAUUCCUUCUCUUUCUUUUGGCUUCUGACUCUCUCUUUUUUCCCCUGCUAAAUUUGUUCUGAUAUGUAUAACACUCCCAUUACUUGUCUUAACAUACCAAAUAUGUUGCAAACAUUUGGUCAUCAGCAUCAUCAUCUUCAUGAAGACUUGUUCUUCUCUAGGAGAUGUAUUUGGGUGAAUGGACCUGUCAUUGUUGGGGCUGGUCCUUCAGGCCUUGCUGUUGCAGCUGGUCUUAAACAGCAAGGUGUGCCUUUCAUUGUUCUUGAAAGAGCUAACUGCAUUGCCUCUCUUUGGCAAAACAGGACUUACGAUCGCUUAAAGCUUCACCUCCCUAAACAAUUCUGUCAAUUACCCAGUUUUCCAUUCCCAGAGGACUUUCCAGAGUACCCUACAAAGUAUCAGUUCAUUAACUAUCUAGAAUCAUACGCAGAACACUUCAACAUAAACCCACAUUUCAAUGAGGCAGUUCAAUCUGCUAAAUAUGAUGAAACUUUUGGCUUGUGGAGAGUCAAAACUGUUUCAACAAGUGCUUCAAAUCCUGUUGAGGUUGAGUACAUAUGUAGGUGGCUUGUGGUUGCCACAGGAGAGAAUGCUGAAAAAGUUGUGCCUGAUUUUAAAGGUUUGAAAGAGUUUAGUGGUCCUGUAACACAUGCUUGUGACUACAAAUCGGGCGAAAGUUGUCAAGGAAAAAGCGUGCUUGUGGUCGGCUGUGGCAAUUCAGGAAUGGAAGUCUCUCUUGAUCUUUGCAACCACAAUGCUCAUCCAUCAAUGGUUGUUCGAAGCUCGGUUCAUGUGUUACCAAGGGAAGUUCUUGGGAAAUCAACAUUUGAAUUAGCAGUAACUUUGAUUAAAUGGUGUCCACUUUGGAUGGUGGACAAGAUAUUGUUGGUUCUUGCAAGGUUAAUACUUGGAAAUGUUGAGAGAUAUGGGUUGAAGAGGCCAUCUUUAGGUCCUUUAGAGCUCAAAAACAUUGCAGGAAAGACACCUGUGUUGGACAGUGGUGCCUUAUCCAAAAUAAGAUCCAGAGAUAUCAAAGUUGUUCCUGGAAUCAAGAGGUUUGCCCCAGGAAGAGUGGAGCUUGUUAAUGGUGAAAAUAUGCAGAUUGAUUCUGUAAUUUUGGCUACUGGGUAUCGAAGCAAUGUGCCUUCAUGGCUCAAGGACAAUGAUUUCUUUUCUGAAGAUGGAAUACCCAAGAACCCAUUCCCAAAUGGGUGGAAAGGCAAGGCUGGACUAUAUGCAGUUGGGUUCACAAGAAGAGGUCUAUCUGGUGCAUCACUAGAUGCAAUUAGUGUAGCACUUGACAUUGCCAAACGCUGGAAAGAAGAAACUAAGCAGACAAGGAAAUCGGUCACGGGUCAGCAUAGGAGAUGUAUUCACAUUUUUAGAGCUAUUGAGAACUAGCAUGACUCGCCCAACUUAUCUGUCGGCAGGAAGUGCUCGGGACCUAUUCUGCCCGAGUUUAGUCCCAACUUGGCUGUCCAAAAUAGGCAAACCCGGUGGUGGUGAUCUCAGUUCAAAAAGAGUACUGGCAUGACAUUAUCUUGAUCUGUUUCAUUCUACUUUGUUGAUGGGUUUGUGUAUAGAGAACAAGACAAGAAACAUAGGAAGGAGCCCUCUCCGAAACAAAAACCCAAGAUCUGCAAAUAAGUGGGUUCUAAUGUAAAAAAAUGGAAGACGAGGCUUGUUGGAUUUUUUCUAGUCGAAAAUCACAAAUGCUAAAGAUUCCUUCUUUCUACCAUCUCUGUCUAUGGUCUCUGAUCUACCUAAUCAUUAAUGCAGCAGAUAGGUUGGCUUAUCUAAUUCUCUCUCCACAACCUGCUCCACUGGAGCCCUUUCAACCCUUUGUUUUCAUGUUGCCUUCCAUGCACAUGGACAAAGCUCACAUAACAGGCAUUCAAACUUUAAACUCUUAUAAUUUCACAAUUAUGACUGUUAAUAACAGAAUAAAGAAAACAUAUGCAGUAUGGCUUUUUAUCAGACACUAAACUAAACUUGUUUCUGCUAAGAACCUAUAAGAGAUAUGAAAGAACAUAAUAACAAGAAAA